UUCGUCUCGUGACAACAGGAAGAAGGAACAACAGUGAGGACGCCGCCGCCCCCGCCGCUGCUGCAACACAUUUAGACUGUUCACGUUUCAUUUGCAGAAAGCAACAAUCAACAAUGACUUCGUUUAUAAAAGAAACGGAGAGCAUUAAAGAAGCGGUGACUUUCAUCAACGCGAUUGACGUCAACAAGUUCUCCAGGCUGAUCUCCCGCAUCAUACAAAAGCUUCACCUGAAGGGUGAGCGGACAUUCAGUGAGGAGGAGGAAGAGAAACUUCAAUCUGCGCUCUCGUUGGAUAAACAGGCUCUGAGUCUCGUCCUGGAAACGGCUGCCUUCAUAUUGGAGCAGGCGGUGUAUUAUAAUGUGAAGCCGACCUCUCUGCAGCAACAGCUGGAGGCGGUUCAUCUAAACCCUGAAAAGGCCGAGGUGUUCUCUCUGACCUGGGCCGCGGCCGGACCCGAGCUGGUGGAGAAACUCAAGCACAACACCUUUGCCCCGAAGAAGCUGCAGUACGUCGGCUGGCAGUUGAACCUGCAGAUGGCCCAGUCCAGCCAAGCCCGACUGAAGUCCCCCAGCGCCGUCCUCCAACUGGGGCUUCGCAAUGACAACUCUGAGGUGUGUUGUCUGAAGAGAUGUGGUCUUUGUGCCUGGAAGAUGGGCCCCGAAGAGAAAACGUGGCUUCCUGCAGCAGUGCAGGAAAAUGUCUUCCUUGAUUUUAACCACCAGGAGCUUCUCGACUUCUACAACCAGCUUGAAACCGUUCAAAGCCAAUUGGAUACCCCUGACAUGAUGCCUGGUGCUCUUUAUCCAACCCAACGCACACACACAAGCACACACACACACACACACACACGCACACACACACGCACACACACACACACACACACACACAGACAGUUAGAUUUUUUGCUGACAGCUAUGCCAGCUGUCGGAGGUCUAGAAAUUCCAUUCUUUCUGUGAUUCAUUUGAAAAAACGAUCAAACUUUGAAGGAAGUUUUGUUCCCCUUUGAGCUCCCGCUAAUGCCGCUCUGUGCUCAAAAGGGCCGAAUAGAUUCUACUUAGAAUGUUUUUUCUUUCUUCUUAUAUCUCCAUGGAGGGGAUGGUGGGUAAAUCACCUCCUCAUUAGCCAUCGUACUGAACCACAUUUCUUUGUAACAUUUUCUACAACCAGAAGCGAGGACCAUAAUAUUUGAUGUGAGUUAGAUACAUUAAGACGCUUAUGUGCCAACAGUCAGUGAUCUUCCAAAGUGUUGGAAGGAAAAUAUUUUGUUAUUUUGAGUUGAAACAAAUGGAUUUAGUGACUUGGAGAAGGAACUCGUGUCCGUGCCGCUGUGAUCAAAUCUGAAGUGGAGGUGAAAUCCAUCCAAGCUGUUGUUCUUUAGGGAAGCCUCAUUAUUUCUCAUUAAGACCAAGCUGGACUGCUGGUUCCACAGAUGGGAGUUCUGCGAGGCACAGCGGACGUCCAGAGAGUGUGUGUCUGUGUGUGUGCGCUCGUCUGAAAAAAUGCAUCUGUGUAGAUGGAUGUAUGAAUAUGUCCUUGUUUAUGCAUCUGUGUUUAGGUGUGUGUGUGUGUGUGUGUGUUGCGUUGCGUGCAUAAUUCCUCUCUUGUGAUUUCUGAAUCCAAACCCAGGUGUUGUUCUCACAUGCAGGUUCAUAAAGGGUCACAGCAUCAGAUAUCUACCAGUACUGCUUAGCUUUUUUUCCUUUUUAUUUAAAUAGUUUUAUCAAAAAAAUAAUGUGCUUUACUUACUUUUAAAAGCAAAACACAAUGUGACAUAUUUAAAUGUUUUCCAUCUAUGACAACCAGUUAUUCCUCUGUCUGCUUACCCUGUGUAGAUUUACUUACAUGAUUUUAGUACAAUGCGUCUUACAACUAUGUGAAUAGUUUUCCUUUUCAUUUCGUUGGAAAUGCAUCAGGGCUAAUUCAAGGCAAGUUGGUUUGCAAGCAUGAAUACACAAACCUACUUAGUUUACAUCUCUAAAAAGACAAGAAUAUAAUAGUGUAAAGAGUAAAAGAGGAAAGUCUCAAAAGACUGUGGCCCCUUCAUUGCUGACCGGUGUGCUCAGCCAAACUGUCACAUUGCCUACAUGUAUCUGUAUAUCAUGAAUCAGUUAAGGCCAUGUUGAUUUCUUUGCAUGCAAUAAACACUGCAAGACUGUACCUUGA